AGAAAGCAAAAACUUUGGGAGCGAGCCGCCAACUUUUCUCCAAGCCGCUCCGCUCGGUGACAUUCUUCGCCCGCUUUCUUCCUCCUCCGUGGAGACCGCCGUGCGCCGGGGCCGGGCGCGCUCCGGCCGUGGGCUGUGGCACAGCGGAGCCUUCGCCGGGAGUGGCCCCGAACCCCCGGGGAUACGGGGAGCUGGAAACGGAGCUCGGAACUUUUAAUUGAACGGAGCUUCCCCCUGCGCGGUCCCUCCCGGGUAAACGAAGGUUUCGAAACUCGGCUGAAGAAGUCGCAGUCACAAUGGAGUGUUUCACGCUUUGCUCCUCGUGUUACAGGGCGGGGAGGGCCGUCACUCGGGGGCCCGAUGUAAAGUGCACGGAGGAAGAAAAGGGCUUUGACACGGCCGCUCAUUGCCUCCUGAUUUACAGCCCCGCGCCGCUGCGCUCCCGGCUCCGGCGGCCGCAGCCCGGGGGGAGCCGCGUGCCGGGCAGCGCGGCCGCGUCUCCGGGUAACCGGGGAACGGAGGGGUCCUCUGGGACCGGGAUCGGGGAGGGGGGGAGGUGCGCUGCCGGCCGGGGAAUCUUGCAGCUGCCCCCCACCCCUCCCGACAGAGAAACUCCGGGGAUGCCCGGAAUGGAGGGAGGGAGGAAGGGAGGGAGGAAAGGAUGGAGGGGCGGCCGCGGGCUCCUCCCGGCAGCGCCCCCCGGGUCGGAAGCGCGCCCCCCGCCGCGGCCAUCCCCCGCUGCCGCCUCCGCGGAGAGCUCCCAGCCGGCGCCGACCCCGCCGCCGCCCGCCGCCGCCCGCCCCGCCAGCCCCACCAUUCAGCGCGCAAGGUACCCGCCAGAUAUGCCCUGUGUGCAAGCGCAGUAUAGCCCUUCGCCGCCCGGUUCGAGUUAUGCAGCUCAGACCUACGCAUAUGGCUCGGAGUACAGCUCGGAGAUCAUGAACCCGGACUAUGGCAAGCUGAGCAUGGAGCUGAGCGGCACCGAGAUCACCGCCACCGCCACCACCUCCCUCCCCAGCUUCAGCACCUUCAUGGAGGGUUACUCUGGCAGCUACGAGCUCAAGCCUUCCUGCCUCUACCAAAUGCAAUCCGCCUCCUCCGGCCAGAGGCCCCUCAUCAAGAUGGAAGAUGCCCGGCUCUCCACCUACCAGCCCUCGCUGCCCCCCUCAGUGGACGAGAGCAUGCCCAGCACCUCUAUGUACUUCAAGCAGUCGCCUCCCUCCACGCCCACCACGCCCGGCUUCCCCCCGCACCAGAGCCUGUGGGACGAGCCCCCGCUGCCUCCCACACAGACCUGCCUGCCCCCCGGCCACCUGAUGGAGGCUGCCCCAAUGAAGACUGCGCCUCCGCGCUUCCCCCUCUUCCACUUCAAGCACUCUCCUCCCCACACGCCGCCGGCGGGCCCCCACAUGUGCUACGACCCGGCCACCCUGAGUUUGCCACUGGGUUCCGACAGAUCGCCAGCCGGCCAGGCGCCCAUGGAAAGCCACUCCUAUGGGCUGCCCUUGGCCAAGCGGCCGGCCACCUUAGCCUUCUCACCGCUCGGCCUCAAUGCAGCUGCCUCUGGCCUCAUGGGCGAGGCCAGCGGUGGUGGUGGUGGCGGGCUGCCCUCUCCGCCCAGCAGGAGUUCCUCGUCCGGGGAGGGCACGUGCGCCGUCUGUGGGGACAACGCUGCCUGCCAGCACUACGGCGUGCGGACCUGCGAGGGCUGCAAGGGCUUCUUCAAGAGGACGGUUCAGAAAAAUGCAAAAUAUGUUUGUCUGGCAAACAAGAACUGUCCGGUGGACAAGAGACGCCGUAACAGAUGUCAGUACUGCCGCUUUCAGAAGUGUCUCAGCGUCGGCAUGGUGAAAGAAGUUGUCCGCACGGACAGCCUGAAAGGGAGAAGAGGUCGGCUGCCUUCCAAACCAAAGAGCCCCCUGCAGCAGGAACCUUCGCAGCCCUCCCCGCCUUCUCCUCCCAUCAGCAUGAUGAACGCCCUCGUACGAGCUUUAACCGACUCCACGCCCAGGGAGCUCGACUAUUCACGAUACUGUUCCACCGAUCAGGCUGCUGCAGGCACAGAUGCAGAACAUGUACAACAGUUCUAUAAUCUUCUGACUGCCUCCAUUGACAUAUCCAGAGGUUGGGCAGAAAAAAUUCCAGGAUUUACUGACCUCCCAAAAGAAGAUCAGACAUUACUCAUAGAAUCAGCUUUUUUGGAGCUGUUUGUACUAAGACUCUCCAUCAGGUCUGAUACUGCUGAGGAUAAGUUUGUAUUCUGCAAUGGACUUGUGCUUCAUAGACUUCAGUGCCUUCGUGGAUUUGGGGAGUGGCUCGACUCUAUUAAAGACUUUUCCUUAAACUUAAAGAGCCUUAACCUUGAUAUCCCAGCCUUAGCAAGUUUAUCAGCUCUAACUAUGAUAACAGAACGACAUGGCUUAAAAGAACCAAAGAAAGUGGAAGAGCUAUGCAACAAGAUCACAAGCAGUUUGAAAGAUCACUUAACUUUCAGUUGCCAAAACAAAGGACAGCCACUCGAGUCUGCAGAGCCUAAGGUACUGGGUGUUCUUGCUGACUUGCGUUCUCUCUGCACACUGGGACUGCAGCGCAUCUUUUACCUGAAACUGGAAGACUUGGUGCCAGCCCCUUCCAUUAUCGACAGGCUGUUUCUGGACACCUUGCCCUUCUGAGUCCAGCCACCCUCCUGGAAGGCAAAUGCCCACCAGAGCAGGCAAACGGAUCGUGACUUAUCGCUAACAUUUCUGCCCUCACUUAACAGAAAAGCAGCUCCAGCUCUAAAAUGAGGUCUUUUCUGGCGCUUUGUCCUUACAACAUGAGGCCUAAAACUUA